UUGUUCGCGAGAAAUAUGGAAAGUAAGUUUUUACUUGCUCAUUGUAGAUUAACUUUCGGAGAAGCUAAGAUCGAUGAGAUGGGUGACUCCAGUAAUGACAGUUCUGUAGAACAGAGGCCAAUUAUUUAUUUGACUGGCUUUGGACCUUUUCCCCCACAUGGUGUCAAUCCCAGUCAAGUUGCGGUGGAACAUCUCGAUGUGACCAGAUUGGAAGAGGAACUAAAGGUCAAAGUGGUGAAAGAGAUUAUCCCCGUUGAAUAUGAGAAGGUAACCAAAUUGGUGAAACAACGUUGGAAGGAACUAAAUCCCAAGUUAACUGUGCAUGUUGGAGUAAGUGGCCAAGCAGACGCAUUGGUUCUUGAACAGGUUGGUCAUAAUAAUGGUUACAGUAGGUUGGAUAACUGCAGAUGUUUCAAACAGGGAGAGUGUUGUCCUGGUGGUGAAGAAGUAAUUACAUCUGGAAUUAGGAUGGAUUUGAUCUCCAAGGCCCUUAACAGUGAUACAUCUUUAAAACUUACUUGUGCGAAGUCUACUGAUGCUGGGCGGUUCCUGUGUGAAUUCAUUUUCUACACAUCAUUGCAUGAGGAUAAGUCUCGAUCUGCAUUCAUCCACGUCCCAACUUUGAAUAGAUUCUCCAAAGAGGAUAUUGCUUCUGCCAUAGAAAAAGCUGUAAAGGAGAUGUACCUGCAGGUUUUUGAACAUGAUAGGGUAGAAAUUGAAGAACAAAAUGUGUGAUAAACAUGGGGUUUUAAUACUGGACUGUGAUUAUAUGGUACUAAUUUUUUUUCAUCUCUUUGUUGCAUUAUUGUUAGAGCAUCACUUAAAUAGUGGUGAUAUAGUUUGGAAAUAUUUUGAUACCAAUACAUAUUAAGAGUACUUAAUGAAAAUCACAAAAUAGUUAGACUAUUAUGAAUCUUUUAUAUGACUUCCAUAAAAUAGUACAAACUUGUUUUAUUCAGAGAUUAUGAAGCACAAAACUUUAUGAAGCUAGCAAUAUUGCUUUUAGCUUGUUAUAAAUACUUUGCCUUAAAUGAACCAGUGCCUUUGGAAUAAUGAAUACUUUUAAUAUUAACUGUAUAUAGUAUAUAGUAUAUGUUAUGUGAAUAUUUCAGGAAUUUUUGGUAUCUUUUAAAGUUUUAAAUUAUCAUCCUCUUUAACUUAUCAGCAUUGCAGAUAAGCCCUUGAGGUGGUAAUAUGAAUUUUAGAUAGGUAAGAUUUUUAUUAUUACCGUGGUGGCUGGUCUGAGGAAGAACUUUGAAUUACUAUAGACGAAGUUGAUGAAUCCAGAGCUAGAAGGUGGUUGAGACAUCCCUGUCUCAUCCUUCCUUGGUUUCACUUACAUGCUUGGUUUGGUCAAGAACAGUCAUAGUUGUACUCUACACCAACCAUGUGCUUUUGCUUGAUCAGUGGCAAAGGUUCUUGAUUUAUUACAUGUUAUGAAUUAUGCCAGUUCUAUUCAUAGAUGUUGAUUCUUGGUAUUUGCUUGUGAAGAGUUUGUAAGUUGGCAAUAUGUGCAUUUUUCAAGACUGCAGCUGUCAAGAGCUAACAACUUUAAAUUUUAUAGAAAAUCUUUUGCCGAUUGUAUGAGGAUUAUACUAUGUACACAUAUGAAAACUAUAAACUGUGGACCUGAAUUGAGAUCGGUGCCAACUUCCAAAUUUAUUAGACCCUCUAAUUGGAUGAAAAAAUAGCUAAAAAGCACAGAAAUAGUAGUAGUAUAGUAGUUUUUAUAGUUUAGUGGGCCUGCACGUAAGCCUUGUUUUAAAUGAGUUGAAGUUGGACAGCUUGAUGGGGAAGAGGUCAAAAGAGGUCAAAGGGAAGAGAUAAAAAGUAAAGCAGGAAAGCAUUGCUGUGUGGGGGUGGGUGUCCAAAGGGUUGAUGCAAAGAAUCUUUGUCUGAAGUGUGCCAUGCAAAGAACACCGUAAUUUCCUUCCUUUAGCAGUAGUAUUAGUAAAACUGAUAAUUUAGUAAUUUUUAAGAACUCAUACAUAAUUCUUAAAACUAUUUUCUUGUUAUGAUUCAGGGUGUUGUCCUAUCAUACCCUUGGUAAAAAUUGAGUGUUAAGGCCUCUGAGAUAACAUCUUCCCAUACCAGCAGGUGGCUUACUUCAAUUAAUUGAAGCUGUAAUUUGAUGCACUAGUUGUACCUUUGACCAAGCAUAAUGCAAGUAGUGAAACUAAUGGAUUUUUACUUAUGGAACAGUUUAUUUUAGUUGUGUAUAUUUGAACCUUGGCUUUUAAAGGUUUAUGGUAGCUUCCAUGACGUAUGCAGGUGAAUAUGACUUUUAUCCCAUUAAUCACUGGAUUAAAAAGUGGGUAGUGUGCAAUUUUUACAUUGUAGUCUGCAAUGUAUGAAGAUUUUACUCUAGCAGGAACUUUUAAAAUAGUUGUACUUUUAUUGUGCAUUAACCUGCAAAGUUAGUAGUAUACUGUGUUUGUACACAAGAAUAAUUGAGAUUAAGAUGGCUUUCUCAUUUUUGUAAUUUUGUACUGUGCAAUUUUUAAGGUAUAUAUUCUACAAAACUUGCUGGUUACGUCUGUUUCCCUUUACAAACAUAUAGUUAAUAUUUGCUUGGUUAUUUUGAAAGCCGCUUUUACUUGUCACUACCCUGGGAUUUUUUUUUUAUUGAAUUCUUAAGCCAGUUUUUUAGGAAUUACAGUUGAUGAUUGGUAUUAUAUGUAAAAGUAUUCAUGUUGCAGCCCCAUGAGUGAACAGGUAUACAUCGUUUUCAGCAUAACUGGAUGUUAAGCAAAUAUAGAUUUUUAUUGCUU